AGGAGGUGCGCCGCCAACUACAAGAAGUACCACGAUGGACGUGGACGAAACAGGAAGUAGAGGAUCACCAGGAGAGUCGCUAGUAGAGUCGCUUCGCCCAAAGGAAAUACCAAUAGAAAAGAUGAUGGGCAAAUUGUCGUUUUUCGAACCAACACUUAAGGUCAGCUUUUAUCCAUCUUUCUCGGCAUCUCCUGGAUACCUUUCGUUCCCUUGUAUAAUUCUCUUUCUCAUGAAAUACAAGGUAGUACAAGGGGUCAAGAUCAUGAGGGGGCCGAGAUGCAACCUAGCAGACUCUAAAACGCAAGAACUACACGGUGGAGAAGAUGGAGAAGAUAGUCAAGAUGAAGUUGUAGCUUCUAGUUCCACAGCAUGGACCAGAGCUAGUACAGCUGCCUCUGCUUCUCGGACAAGAUGUUCAUCGACUUUAUCAUCUGCUGAUGCUUCCAUGCCAACGCCAAAAGAAAUCGAUGUAUUAAGGCUUAUUACCGUAAUUCAUCCGAAGAACAAGAAGCAUCUUUGACCCGUUUGCAGUGAGGGAAAAAUGCAUCGAAGAUGCUUCUACUUAAGUAGAUGAAUGUAAGUAAGGUCUAAACGUACUGUGGGCAGCAUACGAGGAAAAGAAGGAGGCUGAUGUUAUUCCUUCAUCUGUCAGAGACGAACAUCAAAGGAUGGAGACGGAGAGUUCAGGUCAUGAUCUACUAGAAGAACACGCGUGCGUUGGAUUUGAAGUACCGACGCUAGUCACUUUCGCUGGUAAGGCUCACGACCUGCACGAAGCGACCGCUCGAUGGCGGAGUGCAAUCGUAAACGAGGUACGAACAUCCCUUCUUCACCAAGUGGAACUGCCCAAGAACGUGGAAGAUGGUACAACUAAGAACAAGAUGCCAGGAGAUACAAUAGACACAAGAAGCUCAAUCGAUCUGCUGAUCGCACGUGCAAGCUUUGCUGCCUUGUUUCAGCGAAUCUCAGAUGCCGGAUACGCAAUGGAGAAGCUUGUCUCGUCUACCGCAGGAGUAGAGAAGGUGGCGACGCCAGAGCUCGUGCUGCAACGUAUCGUGGUGAAUCUGUUGCUGUUCGCCGAAGAAGCUCCCCGAGUGAAGACGGAUCUGCUCAGGCUUUUGCACCAUCCAGGAACUGCUUGGUUUUGAUUUAUUGUGCGUUUCGGUCCCACCAUUUAACGAGAGGGUACUGGGAACACCUUUUUAGAGUUAGACACCAUGAAACUGGGCACGACAAGGUGAAAGUGCCGUAAAUAGAUAGGGCCAAUGAACUGCAAGAAGGUGAAAAUAUUUAGUAGAACACAAUAGAAUAUGGUUAGAGUUAAGGAGCAAUCAUCAUUUGGCUGAUUCCGAUUCCUAGAAGUAAAAAGUAGGGCCUUCGGAUGUUAUCUUCAUGAUGUAUGAGGCGUCAUCAUCCGAUGAGGACUCGCAGGAAGAAGCGCCAAGGCUUCGCAGAUCAAGGAGAAAAAUGAAAGGAAGCUUCGACAAGAUGAACGCGAUGGAUAGAGAUACUGGGAUGGAAUGAAAAUGAAUAUGUUAUAAUAUAUGUAUGUGUGUGUGUAUGUAUGCAUGUAUGAUGUUAUCUGCAUAAUGGCGGAGGCG